GUUCGGCACGGCAAACGUUUCUCAGAGCAAUUUCGGCACCGCAAUUGGGUUUGGUUCAUCUGGCUUCGCUUUCGGUGCAAGCGAAAACGCUUGUGCCACCAGCAGUAGCGCGGCAGCGCGUGCAUGUGGGGUCCCGAAUAACACUCAGCAGCAGCAGCAAUUGCUGCAGCAUUCAACAUCGCAUGUAAUUACCUCAGCACAUGGAAAUUUGAUGCAGCAAGCAGCGGCCGG